AUGACCAUCACAUUUGGUUUUCUAACACACAUUCNGGGACAAAGAGGAGGAGAUUCGGUGGAGGUUAAGGGCGGACAAAGCACUAGCCAGACUGCAGCUCAGCUUGGAAAAUCUGUGGAGGACAAUGCUGGCACUGGAGGAGGAGGAGGAAGUUUUGUUUAUACUACAGAUGAUAUGCUGUUGCUCGCUGCUGGAGGUGGAGGGGGUGCAUCGGGUGGAUAUAAUGGUGUGGAUGGUCAGGCAGGUUUAGGUGGCACCAGUAGUGUGGGGAAAGUAUCGUCACGAACACGAAAUGGAGGUACAGGUGGGCAGCCAGGUGAAUGCAACCGUGAGGGAGCUAGCUACCACGGAGGAGUGGGUGCGGGUUGGUUUGGUCAAGGUUGUGCUCGACAUGGCUCCUCCCACGGGGAAAGAGGAGGAUCACGGGCUGAAGGCUGGGUUGGAGGUAAAGCCGGAAGUAUGAAUAGUGGUAAUAACGGAGGCCCUGCACCAGGAGCAGUUGGAGGGUUUGGUGGUGGUGGAGGGGGAUCAGAGGAUAAUGGCGCUUCAGGCGGAGGUGGGGGAUAUUCCGGGGGAGGCAGUGGUACCCAUGAAAAACAAGCCGGAGGGGGAGGAGGCUCCUAUUGUAAUGGCGAAGAUUGUUUCAGUUUGACUGGUGAGAACUCGAAUGAUGAUGGUGUUGUCCAAAUUUUGGAAUUGCUGAGCUGA